AUGGGUUCCUUUUCUGGAAUCUUUCAGAGACCUAUUUUUGCGGCCUCUGCCUUUGCUAUCACAUCUGUUUCUUCUGAUCUUCAUGGCAAAUUGCGGCCUUCUAAAUCAUCAGAUACUUGUUCUUCCUUGGACCAAUCCAAUCUAUCGGUUUCUGCUUUGGUACAAGAAACAACCACAUCUUGGGUGUCUCACAUAUCUGUUUCCAAGCUUGCUAAGCUGUCAUUUGUGACUAGAAUUCGAGUACCUGUUCCUAAUAUUGGCAAGACCAAUCCUAAUACAGCCUGCAGUUUUGUUCCUAAUUAUUUGUGCUCUACUGCGGUUUCUUCUCCUGUUCUGCUGAACUUGUAUCAGUCUGCAGAGUUGGCCAAAGCCCCGAAGCCAAAUGCAUAUACCCAUAGUGUUCCUAGCUCGACCUCAUCAUCUGAUGUGUUGUACAGAUGGCAUUUGCCCGAGCCAGUUGCUCUUGAUAAAUCUCCAGGUUCUGAUUGUGCAUCAGAAAAAUCUAGAACGGUGGUGGUUUUGCUUGGAUGGUUAGGCGCAAAGCAGAAGCAUCUCAAGCGGUAUUCAGAUUGGUAUACCUCAAGAGGGUUUCAUGUCAUUUCAUUUACGUUUCCUAUGACCGAGAUUCUCAGUUAUCAAGUUGGUGGCAAAGCUGAACGGGAUAUAGAAUUGCUUGUGAACCAUCUUGCUGAUUGGCUGGAAGAGGAGUAUGGAAAGAAUCUGAUCUUUCACACUUUUAGCAAUACGGGAUGGUUAACAUAUGGAGUUAUAUUGGAAAAGUUCCAGAAGCAGGAUCCUACAUUAGUGGGUAGGAUUAGGGGCUGUAUUGUAGAUUCUGCUCCUGUAGCAGCCCCUGAUGCACAGGUAAGAAUGCAAUUGUAUUAGGUGCAAAACUGAACAUUGGAUUGCUUAUGGAUUUUUUAACUACCAUAAAAAAUUAUUAAUUAUGGGAUAAAACCCUAAUUGAAAGUAUAAAAGACCAUUCACCGAUGCACAAAUUGUUUGAAUAUCCGUAAACGCAUUGAUGAAUAUGACAUUGUAUUUCAUUAUAGAGGCGUGAACUAUAGGACUGUAUUUACAUUUAUGUUAUGUCAUCAGGUUAGCAUACCAGCAGUUGGGUUAAUUUAUUUGUGGAAUAUUAGUUUGGCAUUUAUAUUCUAGAUUUCUGUCGUUGAGUUAUAUUAGGAAUUUUCAAUUACGGGGUUUUCAGGGCUCUUGAUGUUAAGGAUUGAUGUGUUGACCUUUUGAUUAUUGAUUAGUUGAUUUAUUGAAAGUCUAUUUCUCUCCUUAGUCUCUUUUGUUUUCUCUGAUACACUAUAAUUCUCAGCUCCACCACCAUUGUCAGGCUGAUUUUUGCUUUUAGUGAGCAUCAUGGGAGCAAAAGUUUGAAUUUUAUUAGAGACUUCAUCGUGAAGACUAUAAUUUGUUGGGUCAUGAGAUUCCAUCCAACCCCAGUUUUUAUUGUUAGAAGACCUUAUCCAUUAUUCCGAUUCAAGAUAUGUAAUGCAACUUGACCCAAUUUGACAAAAACCAAUUGACAAACCAACUUAUACUUAACUAGUAGCCAAGAUGAAGACCCAACUCUACCUAGAUCUUUUUACUCGAACCAAAUUAAAGAAUAGGUUGAAAGUACACAAUAGUCCAAGCUAUUUUUAUAUAUUCUAGAACAACCCCAAAAUUUCUUCAGUAUGUAAAAAGCUCCAAAUUUUUUAAAACUUUUCAGAGGGACCCUAGAAUUUUCAAAAAAUGUAGAAAAUAUCGGAGAACUCCAAAAAAAAUAAAAUAUAUUUUAUUGAACUAUCUUUCGCUAUACCUUUGCGUGUGGGAACUCAUA